CACUGACAAAUUGCAUUUUGAGGGAAAUCUAAUGCAAAUGUGGCCACACCGUGGGUCCACAGAAACUCUAUCCGUGUCUCCGCUGGGCUUGUUUGAAUGCAGCAGAUGUAAACUUAGGCUCCGCUGCUUGCCAUGCAAAUCCACAGGUGGGUUCGGUUUAAAAGGAACGUGUGGUGAUCUUCCCGAGAAACGAAAAGCCCAAAUUACAACCAGGAGAGUCUCUUUAAUGCAAAACCACCGGAGCAUAGAGGCUGUUUAGAUGCAGUGACGCCGCGGCUGAGAUCGAGAAAUCAUAACCGCUUCCUAAACCAGAUGGAAAUGGAUUAUCUUCACCCCAACUAUACGCUGACUUUCGAUGCCAGUUUCUUCUUCCACGGUAUAGUCGGCGUGCUUGCCUCCAACGUGCUGAUAGGUUUGCCGGCCAACAUCUACGUGGUCUGGAUGAUUGCCAGCGAGUCCAGCAGUCCCGUCGUCUCGGAGCUCUUCGCCCUAAACUUGGCCAUCGCAGAGAUCCUCUUUAGUUGCUCGUCUUUCUACGUGAUGGUCCACUUCCUGCUGGAGAUGCCUUGGCUAAUCGGUGUGUUGGUUAUGAAGGUGUUCCUGCAGCUCAUGUUGGUUUCUCGGCCCCUCUUCCAGACUUGCAUCUGUCUGGAGCGCUACGUGGCCGUGGUCCAUCCCACUCUCUUCAUCAGGUUGAAACCUCUUCGGUACCGUUUGGGCGUCUGUCUGUUUGACUGGCUGCUGAUCCUGCUGGACUUUAUGCUUCCCUUAUAUGGCCUGUCCGAGGCGACCAAUGCUUGGAUCUUCAUCGGCAAGUCCCUGCUCUUCCUCGCCGUCUUGUCUUACUGCGGCCUACGUGUCCUCCUCGUCCUAAAGCAGCCGGGUCCUGGCGAUGGGUCCAAAGGCACGGAGAACUGGAACACCAUGAAGAGGAAGGCCUUUAAGGUCAUCAUCAUCACCCUAGGAUUCAACAGCAUCACCCAGCUGCUGCAGUCCAUCAUGCUGGGCCCCUCCGUUUUGGUGGCGUCCAUGCUGGUUCUUCUACAGCUCACCUUGUUUAGCGUCUGUAUCAGCAUCAUUAGCAGCUUCAUCACUCCUCUGCUGUACCUCCACAGAGCUGGAAAACUGCCCUGCAUCGAGUUCUAACCGCUUCAGCUACAGAAACCCUGACAUAGAGUCUAGUUUGUACUUCAGCCUGAGCUGUGAGGAUCCCUCAGAAUCAUACUGAGAUCAGAAUUUCUGUUUAAUCUAUUUCAGAAGUGAUUCAUGAGACCAUAACUGAUGGAAAUUAAUCAAGUUUUCUGUUUUUAUUCCUUGUUUUGCAUGAAAACUCUUUGAAUGGAGAGACAGACUCUAGAUUUUAGCUUUCUAUUGACACCUCACCUUACCUUUUAGGACCUGUGUGAAUUAUCCCAGACGGGUGUAUGUACCUACAACCCUUGUUUAUUAGUGUCGGGGGUCUUUGGACCUGGUUUCCACAGCUGGCUAAAAUAAAUCAGCCUUUUCUCAAAUAAGACAGUCGUUUAAACUUUCAUCUCCAGAGUCUGAUAAAAACACCUGAGUUGGAUGUUGAAUGUAGCUCAUUCAGUCUGUGCUCCACUACAUCCACCCUCACUACACCCUACACCACUACAC